GAGAGAAUGGCCGACCCCUGACCGGGAAGCGUCUCCGCUCGGCUGCCAACACACCACCCAGCUGCUGCUAAUCUUUCCUCGCUUGGGCUGAGGUGGAGAAGUACAGAGCGGAGAAAAGGGCUCGCUGGUUUUAUCACUCGGGAGGAGAAACACACACGGAAGGAGCACACACGGAUUUUCACUGAAGAGUAGUGAUUAGUGGUGGGCAGAUCGAUCCAAAUAUCGAUUAUAUCGAUACCAAGUUGGCAUCGGUAUCGAAUCAAUACUAGGCUGCUGUCUGCAGAGCACAAGUGGACAUCUCUGUCUUCGGCUGGACCUUUUACUGCGACUGUUUUAGAAACGAGUGCGUUUACGUCACAAACAGCAGGAGGAAAGUAUUUGCUGGACCAACGUCAGUGUUUUAAGAGCUGUGAAUAGGUACAAAGAUGGUGUUCUGUGGUCUACGCAGUGUCCAGAUGGAACCAGUUCCUCUGAAGAGCAUUGAGGUGGAGCUGGAGGUGAGGGACCAUGUGGCUACAGUGGUCUCCACUCUGAACUAUGAGAACAAGGAGGACAAACCAUUAGAGGCUGUUUUUGUCUUCCCUCUGCCUGGAGAUGCUGCUGUCUGUCAUUUCAGUGCUCAGAUUGGACAGAUACAGAUUGUAGCUGAGGUGAAGGAGAAACAGAAGGCUCGUGAAUUGUAUGAUGAUGCUCUGAGCUCCGGUCAGCAGGUCUGCCUAUUGACAGAGAGUGAUGAGAGUCCAGAUAUAUUCUCUCUGUGUGUGGGCAGUCUGCCUCCAGGAGAGAGCGCCUCCAUCAGGUUGGAGUACGUCACUGAGCUGGCUGUGCAGGCUGAUGAUGGUCUGAGGUUCUGUCUGCCUGCUGUGCUCAACCCUCGAUACCAACCUCAGGGUAGUGCAGGUGCAGGUUUCCAGGUGACUUCUGUUCCAGCCUCUCUGGUGCCCUACAGUCUGUCUUUUUCUGCCCGAGUGUCCUCUCCUCGUCCAGUCUCUAAAGUAGAGUCCAACUGCUCCCUGGACCCUCUGCAGUACCUCAACACCGAUCAAACCCAGGCCACGGUCAAGCUGGCUGCAGGACACAAGUUUGACAGAGAUGUUGAACUGCUGAUUUAUUACAAAGACGCCCACCAGCCCACUGCUGUGGUGGAGGCAGGACAGGCCUCUGCUGAGCCGGGCUUUCUGAUGGGUGAUUCAGUGGUGAUGGUGAGUCUGUACCCUGAGUUCCCCCAGUCUGUGAUGUCUUCAACGGCUCCAUGUGGAGAGUUUGUGUUCUUAGUGGAUCGAUCUGGAAGUAUGGGAUUUAGGAACCACGGAUUUCCUCGCCAGACUCGCAUCCACGGUGCCAAGGACACUCUACUGCUGCUGUUGAAGAGUUUACCAAUUGGCUGCUAUUUCAACAUUUACAGUUUCGGGUCCAAAUAUGAACACAUCUUCCCUAAGAGUGUGGAGUACAGCCAGAAGACCAUGGAGGAGGCUCUGAAGAAAAUAAAGAAGAUGAAGGCUAAUCUUGGAGGAACAAAGAUCCUGAAGCCCCUCAAAUAUAUUUACAGCCAGGCCUGCAUUCCCAAUCAGCCCAGACAGCUGUUUGUCUUUACUGAUGGACAGGUGGGAAACACCAAAGAAGUGAUCGAUCUGGUGAAGAAGAAUUCAGAUUCUCACAGGUGUUUCUCUUUUGGGAUUGGGGAAGGGGCCAGCUCUGCUCUCAUCAAUGGGAUGGCCAAGGAAGGAGGAGGUCACGCUCAGUUCAUCACAGGGACUGACAGGAUGCAACCAAAAGUGAUGCAGUCGCUACGAUUUGCUCUGCAGCCAGCUGUGGUCGACAUCUCAGUCACAUGGGAUUUACCAAAGGAAGUGUCUGUCACUGUCCUCUCUCCACCAAUCACAACACUUUUCCAGGGUCAGAGGUCACUGAUUUAUGCCCAGCUCACUGGACAGAGCUCAGAGGCAGCAGAGGGCUGUGUGACGCUGAAGUACAGCCUGGCAGGUCAUCCCUCUGAGAACCAGCUGCACUUCAGUCUCAGACCUGCAGAGGACACUGGAUUAACAGUCCACAUGUUGGCUGCUCGAACUCUGAUUCGCUCCCUCGAGAUGGAAGCAAGAGACAACAAAGGAGAGCGUGAUGAGGAAAUGAAGAAGAAGGUGGAGGAGUUGAGUAUCCAGUCAGGAGUGAGCAGUGCCUUUACUGCCUUUAUUGCUGUUAGUAAAAGCAGUGGUGAGGCGAUACAAGGACCCCUGAUAAGCAUAGAAUGUCGAGCAAACCUUUUAUUCCUUCGCCAAUACAGUUUUUCAGAUUCCUGUGAGAUCAGUAAAGGUACAAAUACAGGAUCCUGUGGUCUGAUAACUGCCCAGAAGGACCCAGUUCCUCUGAAGAGCGUUGAGGUGGAGCUGGAGGUGAGGGACCAUGUGGCUACAGUGGUCUCCACUCUGAACUAUGAGAACAAGGAGGACAAACCAUUAGAGGCUGUUUUUGUCUUGCCUCUGCCUGGAGAUGCUGCUGUCUGUCAUUUCAGUGCUCAGAUUGGACAGACGCAGAUUGUAGCUGAGGUGAAGGAGAAACAGAAGGCUCGUGAGGAGUAUGAUGAUGCUCUGAGCUCCGGUCAGCAGGUCUGCCUAUUGACAGAGAGUGAUGAGAGUCCAGAUAUAUUCUCUCUGUGUGUGGGCAGUCUGCCUCCAGGAGAGAGCGCCUCCAUCAGGUUGGAGUAUGUCACUGAGCUGGCUGUACAGGCUGAUGAUGGUCUGAGGUUCUGUCUGCCUGCUGUGCUCAACCCUCGAUACCAACCUCAGGGUAGUGCAGGUGCAGGUUUCCAGGUAACUUCUGUUCCAGCCUCUCUGGAGCCCUACAGUCUGUCUUUUUCUGCCCGAGUGUCCUCUCCUCGUCCAGUCUCUAAAGUAGAGUCCAACUGUUCCCUGGACCCUCUGCAGUACCUCAACACUGAUCAAACCCAGGCCACGGUCAAGCUGGCUGCAGGACACAAGUUUGACAGAGAUGUUGAACUGCUGAUUUAUUACAAAGACGCCCACCAGCCCACUGCUGUGGUGGAGGCAGGACAGGCCUCUGCUGAGCCGGGCUCUCUGAUGGGUGAUCCAGUGGUGAUGGUGAGUCUGUACCCUGAGUUCCCCCAGUCUGUGAUGUCUUCAACGGCUUCAUGUGGAGAGUUUGUGUUCUUAAUGGAUCGAUCUGGAAGUAUGGGAUUUAGGAUCAAAAGAAGGAGUCUUCAGACUUGCAUCCACAGUGCAAAGGACACUCUGCUCCUCCUGUUGAAGAGUUUACCAAUGGGCUGCUAUUUCAACAUUUACAGUUUUGGGUCCAGAUAUGAACACAUCUUCCCUAAGAGUGUGGAGUACAGCCGGCAGACCAUGGAGGAGGCUCUGAAGAAAGUAAAGAAGAUGAAGGCUGAUCUUGGAGAAACAGAGAUCCUUGAGCCCCUCAAACAUAUUUACAGCCAGCCCUGCAUUCUCAAUCAGCCUAGACAGCUGUUUGUCUUAACUCGCGGAUGGGUGAAGAACGACAAAGAAGUGAUAGAUCUGGUGAAGAAGAAUUCAAGUUCUCACAGGUGUUUCUCUUUUGGGACAGGAGAAAACACCAGCUAUAUUUUCAUUAAUAAGAUAUCCAAGGAAGGAGGAGGUCACGCUCAGUUCAUCACUGCGACUGACAAGAUACAACCAAAAGUGAUGCAAUCACUGCAAUUUGCUCUGCAGCCAUCUGUGAUUGACAUCUCAGUCACAUGGGAUUUACCAAAGGAAGUGUCUGUCACUGUCCUCACUCCACCAAUCACAUCCAUUCUCCAGGGUCAGAGGUCACUGAUUUAUGCCCAGCUCACUGGACAGAGCUCAGAGGCAGCAGAGGGCUGUGUGACGCUGAAGUACAGCCUGGCAGGUCAUCCCUCUGAGAACCAGCUGCACUUCAGUCUCAGACCUGCAGAGGACACUGGAUUAACAGUCCACAUGUUGGCUGCUCGAACUCUGAUUCGCUCCCUCGAGAUGGAAGCAAGAGACAACAAAGGAGAGCGUGAUGAGGAAAUGAAGAAGGUGGUGGAGGAGUUGAGUAUCCAGUCAGGAGUGAGCAGUGCCUUUACUGCCUUUAUUGCUGUUAGUAAAAGCAGUGGUGAGGCGAUACAAGGACCCCUGAUACCACCACCCACUUUAAAACAGUGUAAUUUGGUGGAUUCCUGUGAGAGUCAGCCAAGCAUCAGUAAGGGGAUCUCUGUAACGGAGAAACUGAGAUCAGCCUUCGGCUGCAUUAACUGCUCACCUCAGAGGAAGGCCACAGAGUCUGAGCUGUCAGUCAAAGACCCUUUGCUGCAGCUGGUUUCCCUGCUGGAAGCCUCUGGAUGCUGGUUAUUGAAGCCAGCUUUGGCCUCUGUGCUGGGGAAGACCAGCAAGGAGGUGGCAAACCUGAAACCUGCAUCGGCCAGCAGUGAAGUGUGGGCCACCAUUCUGGCUCUGAUCUGGCUUCAUGGUUUCAAGAUGGAUGCAAAGGACGAGUGGGAGCUUCUGGCUAUGAAGGCUGCCUCGUGGCUCCGUGCUCACAAUGCGACGUGUGUGACAGAGUGUGUGGAGGCCGGUAAUGCGCUGCUGGGUUGCAGAGUAACGAAAGAUGCUUUGGGGCUCUGAAGUUGCUCCUCCUUCAGAAUUCAACUUUAUGUAUUGCAUAUUAUCAGUGUUCACUAGAACCACAGACGGUAACAUUUCAAUGAGCAGCAGGGGGUGACUCCUCUGGUUGCAGAAAGAAGUCUUUGUAUGCCUACGGGUAAACAUCUUUGUUGUUUGCGGUAUAAGUUUACACUUUCAUAGAGGGGUUUGUCUUUCUGAAUGCGGCAUGAUGUUCAUUCACUAAAUUCUGUUCCUGAUUAGAAUCAAAAAGGAGAAAAUCACCUUGUGAUGUGCCGUGUUUCUGCCAGUGGUGGAAACACUCAGCUCGAUGCUUCACAACAGACCAACUAAUCCCUAAUGUAAUGGUUGCUACAGUUUAUGCAUACAAACCAAAACAUUCUGCACAAUUGGUUUUUAUUUUAUUUUCUCCAAUUGUCCCUGAGAGGCAUGUGAAUGAGUGAUCAGCUAUAUCUCAUCUAUUCAGUUCAGUUUUAUUUCUAUAGCGCCAAAUCACAACAGCAGUCAUCUCAAAGCACUUUACAUUGUGGGGUAAACGCCCUACAAUAAUACAGAGAAAACAGUCUUUGAGACGCUUUGUGCUUUCUGUGACACUCGCCUGCGAUGCUUAGCUGAACCAAUUAUCAGUUCAUGCACUUAAAUAUAAGGGCAACACUAAUUGUUAGAGCAUGUUAGCUUUUCCUGUGUUGAUAUAGUAAUAAAGAUAAAUGUCUGAUCUCUAAUUGAUGGCUUCUCUGGACGUGUUGAUGUCUGUUGUAUUUAUCUUAUCUUUCAUUAUUCUGUGGUUGUUCAUCAGUGUGCGCAUGUGAAUUUGUAACUGAGUUUACUGUGCAUUUGAUAAAGAUCCUCAACCUAAA